CUGGGGCGCGGGGAGUGGGGCUCCCUUCCCGUUUAGGCUACAAAUAUUUGCAGCCUCCAGGCCUGACCUGGUGGCGGGCCCCUGUCCCGCCUGGGUCCCCGCUGCCGUUCCUUGAAACCCGGCCGGGCCUUCCCGGGGGUCCUCUGGGGCUGGCGUCGUCGCCCCUCCAGGAAGCGAGACAUCUACGCCUGGAAGAGCGCUGGGGCCGCGCCCUUGCCACCAGCAUUCGAUUUUAAACCGGCUUUUAGACAUUUAGGGAUUUGUCCUCCUAUCAUUUCCCCUAGUGCCCUCUUUUCACGACUCCCAGUGCCUCUUUCCGCACACCUCUCUAUCCACGGCCCGGUGAGCGCGGGCUCAUUCCGGACGGUUUGGAGAGAAGCCAUCAGCCCCGAGGGGAAGUGGAGUUUUCAUCCGGAAGGGCCGAUGGGAGGAAACCCGGAGGGUCAAUUCCGUGGGAGACGUGGGCUUUAGAUCCUCCACUCAAGAAAUAUACAAAGAAACAAAUUGGAGUCUGAGACUUUAGGCCCAGAUAAAUUGGACACUGCAGGAAGGGGGCAAUGGCUGUUGCCCUGGGUUGUGCAAUCCAGGCCUCCUUGAAUCAGGGCUCAGUGUUUCAAGAGUAUGAUACUGACUCUGAAGUCUUCCGUCAGCGCUUUAGGCAGUUCCAGUACAAAGAAGCAGCCGGGCCUCAUGAAGCUUUCAACAAACUUUGGGAGCUUUGCUGUCAAUGGCUGAAGCCAAAGCUGCGUUCUAAGGAGCAAAUCCUGGAGCUUCUAGUGUUGGAGCAAUUCCUAACAAUUUUGCCCACAGAGAUAGAGACCUGGGUGAGGGAACAUUGCCCAGAUAAUAGAGAAAGAGUUGUGUCACUGAUAGAAGACUUACAGAGAGAACUUGAGAUACCAGAGCCACAGAUUGAUAGGCAGGAAAUACUCUUGGAAGACCUCGCAGCAGUUGGAAUGGCAGACAUACCACCAAACAUCCACGUGGAAGUACCCGCACUCCAAGCAAUGGGACCUGUCCCCGAGGCCCCAGUCGCAGAUGCGUGGAUCCCACAGGAGCUGAGCUACGGUGCUGCUGGGGAAGGCCAGUCCUUUCUGGACCCUGGAUACUCAAUCCCAAAGCUUGAUGUGAGCUUUCCAUUGGAGCAAAGAGAAGAAGCAUGGGUGAAGGAGCUACAAGAUUCCAAAGAAAUUAAACAAUUACUUGAAUCCAAGAUAGGUUUUGAGAUCGGGAUAGAAAAUGAAGAAGAUACUUCAAAGCAGAAAAAACUGGAAAAUAUGUACCCAUUUCUUGUUACUUUAGAGGAGAAUGCUAACCAUGGUCCCGUUUUGCAAAAAGACUAUGUACAGUUAGAAAAUCAAUGGGAAAAACCCCCAGAGGAUUUACAGACAGAUUUGACAAAACUUGUAGAUCAUCAGAAUCCCUCUAUAGGAGAGAAACCUGAGAGCUCUAGCUUGGAAGAACCUCUCAACCCUAGAACCCAUAAGAAAAAGAGUCCAGGAGACAAACCUCACAGAUGUUCUCAGUGUGGAAAAUGUUUUGCCCGGAAAUCACAACUUACAGGGCACCAGAGAAUUCAUUCAGGAGAAGAACCUCAUAAAUGCCCUGAAUGUGGAAAAAGAUUCCUUCGUAGUUCAGACCUUUAUAGACACCAACGACUUCAUACAGGGGAGAGACCCUAUGAAUGUACUGUGUGUAAAAAGCGAUUCACUCGGCGCUCACACCUUAUAGGGCACCAGAGAACCCAUUCUGAAGAAGAGACUUAUAAAUGCCUUGAGUGUGGGAAAAGCUUUUGUCAUGGAUCAAGUCUUAAAAGACAUCUGAAAACUCAUUCGGGUGAAAAACCUCAUAGAUGUCACAAUUGUGGGAAAAGUUUUAGUAGACUGACAGCUCUUACUUUGCACCAGAGAACUCACACAGAAGAGAGACCUUUUAAAUGUAAUUAUUGUGGGAAAAGCUUUAGACAGAGACCAAGCCUUGUUAUUCAUUUAAGAAUUCAUACAGGGGAGAAGCCAUACAAAUGUAGUCAUUGUUCUAAAAGUUUCAGACAGAGAGCAGGCCUUAUUAUGCACCAAGUCACUCACUUUAGAGGACUUCUUUAAGAAUUAUUAAAGGAAACAGGUCAUGCAGAAAUUGGCACAAACUCAAAAAAAUCUUAACUUGAAGCAGUCUGUUUGUCUUGGAAGAAUCUUUUUUGUUUGAGCUUAUAGGAACAGAUUUUCUUUUUUCUUUUUUCUUUUUUUUUACUAUUAAAAACCUAUCUUCCAAGGCAUGUGAAUUCUAGAGUAUCUACCUAUUCUUGCAACUCUUACGACUUUACUAGAUUUGAUGUAUUCUAUCUUUACAACUCUUACUUUUUAAUGAAAAUGAAAAUGUUUGUGUCCCAAGCCAACCGUAUCAUAGAUGAAAGCAUAAAACAUAUAGGGUAGGGUCAAUAUAAUGGAUAACCAUGUCUAUCUGGUAUAUUAUAGCAGCACCAUAAUUAUUCUGCUGUCAUUAUUAAAGGUGGUUAUAUUAGUUUAAAGCUUUAUUUGUGUUCCAAGUGGCAAGAAAGGAGACAGUGUAUUUUGUUCAAAGAAUAAAAAUGUGUCAGGAACAUAUGGAUAAAGAGGAUUUCAUUUGCCUCAUAAGAACUGGGUUAUUUCCAUUGAAAAUAUUUAUGUUUAAGAAAUUAAGAUUUUAAUCUCUUUGAAUUUUGCAAAAUUUGCUAAUCUGCUUAUUUGGCUGUUUGUUAGAGCUGUUAAUUUAAUGGUUUAUUUUGUUCCCUGAAU